AUGUUGUAUUCAUAUGAAAGCGCUUGGGCUGCGUAUUGCUCCUUUUUCAUCUUACUGAGUGUGGCACUGAUCUGGCGGUGUCGAUCCAAUCUCUUGUUGUUACCUUUUAUUGGCUUUUCGAUCUUUGCCACCAUCGGUUUAAUUGUCGCCAUCACUCGUCGCACAUACGAGACGCACUGGAUCGAACGCAGUCCGGUAUUAUAUCAGUGGCCUGUACUAUCGCUUUUGCUGUUCAUCGGUAUCAUCGAAUCCCAGCAAGUAUUCUUCCGACAUCUGGCCCUGGCUCUUUACAAUCGUCAACGCUGGGGCAGUCUGUACGUGCGCGAUCCAGAAAAGGCGGCGUUGUACGGUCGAAAACCCGGUUCAGCAAGACCCUGGACUUACUGGUUCAAUCUGGUGUUCCUGACCAUCUAUACAGCGGUUGUCAUUGUCAAUCUGUGUCUUCAACUGGUCAUUCUCAAUAAGCGUGGAUCGCUGGCUUCGGCGGUGUGCACCACCAUCCUUGCCGGUUUAGCUUGUAUCAAUGCCAUUCUUAUUAGCUCCGGCAGCAGUCUUCGCGCUGCCCGCCACCUUCGCGUGUUACGAAAAAAUCGUCAAGAUCUACUGUUUCUGCGGGCCACUCCGAUUCUGUUUACACUAGUUAUGGCAGGCAUUGCCGUCGAAGGCUGGUUAUACGUAUUUGAUUUGGACGGAACCACCACCGGUGGAUGGAUAGCUCUGGAAACAAUGAUUGUUAUCCUGACCAUGAUGCUCCUGGGGAUGUGCCUGUAUGUUCGUAAACUCCACAAAUUAGGUCAGCAAUACCCGAUGAUGGACCCCAUGAUGGAAAAACGAAACUCGAAACGAUCCCUGAGACACCCGCAAACAGAAAAACAAAUCACAACCAUGAUUUCACGCUUAAGCCAAGAUGCGGCUGAUCGCGUCACUCCACCUGCAUCGCGUCUUCCACCCACCGCUCAAUUUUAA